AAACUGCAAACCUCCCCAUAAAAAAUGUUGAGAUCUCCAGUUUAUUACUCACUUUCUAGUUCCUAUCAAGUGCAUUUGGUCCUUGGAAGGCCAUAUGGGAUCAAACCAUACACUACUCUAACUCGCUGCGCUCCUCCUUCUGUCGUUAAAGCCUCCGUCGACGCUCCGAUGGACCAUCCUCUUUCUGCUAAAGCUGUCGUUACGGUUCACCGACCCCUCCGUGGUUUGUCUCUGAACUUUGGAAUAAAACAAAGGCUUCAUGAUAUCACUGACUUGUGGGGCGCCAAGACACUUGUUUUGGAGCUUCUCAGUGCUGAAAUUGAUUCCAGGACGGGAUUGGAGAAGGGAACAAUAAAAGGGUACGCUGAGAGAGUAGAUAGAGAUGGGGACGAUGUAAUUACGUACGAGACAAAGUUCAAAGUCCCAGCAGAGUUUGGGUCAAUUGGAGCUGUUCUGGUUGAGAAUGAGCAUAACCAAGAGCUGUUCCUCAAGGAUAUUGUGGUUUAUGGCAUUCCCACUGCCCCUCUUCGCUUCUCAUGUAAUUCUUGGCUCACCCCCAAAUCUCAGAGCGAUGAUACCAGAAUCUUCUUCACAACUAAGUCAUACUUGCCGUCAAACACACCCAAGGGGCUGAAAAGGAUAAGAGCAGAGGAGCUGAAGAAGUUACAAGGCAAUGGAUAUGGAAAGCGGGAGACCCAUCACAGGAUAUAUGAUUACGAUGUCUACAAUGAUCUUGGCGAUCCCGACAAGGGCGUCGAGUUCCAAAGACCAGUGCUUGGCGGUAAACAACAUCCUUACCCUCGACGGUGUAGAACAGGACGAGCGCGUUGUCAAACAGAUUCGUUAUCAGAAGUAAGAAGUUGGGACAUUUAUUUGCCUCGAGAUGAAGCAUUCUCACGAAUAGAAUAUGUAAGGUUGCUGGGAAACACAUUUUAUUCGUUGUUAAAUAGCCUCAAACUGGAGACGACAAUUACAGACACCAAAUUUUCUAUAACUGAAGAACUCUCCAACUCCAACAAAGGGAUUAAAGGCAUUUGGAAUUUCAAUGCAAUUCUUCCUAAGCUUUUUAGCUCUGUGGUUACUAAGGCUGUGGACAUCCUUACCCUCCCUUCUUCUGAAACAUUCGACAAAGACAAAUUCUUUUGGUUUAGAGAUGAGGAAUUUGCUAGGCAAACCCUUGCAGGUCUCAAUCCAUACAGUAUAAGGCUCGUAAAGGAAUGGCCAUUGAAGAGCCAGCUUGAACCAGAUAUUUAUGGACCUCCUGAAUCAGCCAUUACUGAUGAAAUUGUUGAGCGUCAAAUAAAAGGAGUCAUGACUCUUGAAGAGGCAGUGAAACAGAAGAAACUGUACAUACUUGAUUACCACGAUCUCCUCGUACCAUAUGUAGCAAAGGUACGAAAGCUGAAAGGCAAGACAUUAUAUGGUUCAAGAACAUUGUUUUUCUUAAACCCAGACGGUACUUUAAGGCCACUAGCUAUUGAGCUUAGUAGACCACCAAUGGAUGGAAAGGCACAAUGGAAAGAUGUUUUGACACCAUGUUGGGAUGCCACAGGGCUUUGGCUUUGGAAGAUUGGCAAAGCUCAUGUUCUUGCUCAUGAUUCUGGCCACCACCAGCUCGUUAGUCACUGGCUUAGAACACAUUGUUGUGUAGAACCUUACAUUAUCGCUACACAUAGACAACUAAGUGCAAUGCAUCCGAUUUAUAGACUCUUGCAUCCCCAUUUUCGAUAUACUAUGGAGACCAAUGCCAUUGCUCGAAGCUCUCUUAUUAACGAAGGAGGCAUCAUUGAGACCACAUUCUCGCCUGGAAAAUAUUCUAUGGAAUUCAGUUCUCUAGCUUACCGGCAGCAUUGGCAGUUCAACUUAGAAGCUUUGCCUGCAGACUUAAUUCAUAGGGGAUUGGCUGUUGAAGACCCAAAUGCUCCUCAUGGUCUGAAGCUGAGUAUUGAAGACUACCCUUAUGCGAACGAUGGGCUAAUCCUUUGGGAUGCCAUCAAAGAAUGGGCAAUGGAAUAUGUGAAUCACUACUAUCCAGACCCAAGUGUUGUAAAAUCAGACGAGGAGCUUCAAGCAUGGUGGACAGAAAUUAGAGAAGUAGGACAUGGAGAUAAAAAGGAGGAACCAUGGUGGCCAGUCCUCGACACUCCUAAAGACCUCAUUGAUAUUGUCACAACCAUCAUGUGGAUUACGACAGGCCACCAUGCCGUCGCAAACUUUGGACAAUAUUCCUUUGCAAAGUACUUUCCAAAUCGGCCGAGUAUUGCAAGAGCCAAUGUGCCCACAGAACAACCUAAAAAACAUUGGAAAUACUUCCUUGAAAAGCCAGAAAAUGUGUUUUUAGAAACCUUUCCUACACAGAUUCAAGCAACAAUAGUCUCAUCGGUUGCGAGUGUGUUGGCAAGCCAUCCUCCAGAUGAGAAAUAUUUGGGGAAAGAUAUGGAGGCAGCAUGGGCUGAUGAACCUAACAUAAACCAAGCAUUCAAUAAGUUCAGUGAAAAACUGAGAAAAUUGGAAAAGAUAAUUGAUGAAAGGAACGUGAAUCCUGAACUGAAGAAUAGACAUGGAGCUGGGAUUGAGCCUUACGAAUUGUUGAAGCCACAUUCAGAGCCAGGAGUGACUGGAAAAGGAGUUCCUUUUAGUAUUUCUAUUUAGAACCAACCUCUCAAAACAAAAAUGGAUGACCUCUUGAAUAUUUUAUUAGAAUGAAUGUGAGUUAGAACAAAACCUGCUGGAAUGAUUCUUAUUGGUUUGUGGGGAUGUAAGAAAAUGAUGGAGCUAUCCGACGUCGAAUCCAAAUUCUGAACCUUGGACAUGGAUGUUUACAAAUGGUACUAGAGUGAAAGCAUACGAGGAGAAAGUGACGACUAUUCUUCCUUGAUUUGUUGUUCCAUGAAUUUGUAGGAGUAUUGUGUUUCCUCCGUUCACAAAGACCUAUGAGAGAUCAUCGAAAACAAAUAAAACAUCAUUUGAAUCCCUCAAACUACCUUGGUGAACGCUUUCCUAAUGGUGUGAUUCACCGCUCUUUGAGAUAUAUCAACUCUCUUCAUCCACAAAUGAUGUUCGACAUGGCCUGAUCCAUUCCCCUCUUGUU